AAAGAGAAAGAAAGAGAAAGAAAGAGAAUGAGAAAGAGACAAAUCGUACUUGGAAAUACUUAGUUAGUGACACACACCGAUCGUUUUAUCGCGGUAUCAUUUCCGUGAAAUACCGCAGUAUCCUUCCUUUUAGCUCGUUAGUCAUUUGCCGUACGUGAAAGUUUUUUCAACGGCCUCGGAAUAGUUCGCCUAUGCGAAUAAACGGCGAUAGGAACGUUAAACGAAACGACGAUGAGUCGUUUAGACGUUGCAACAGGCUUCUCUUUACAAAAUGUAUAUUAUUUUCUUCUAUUUCUUUUAUUCCUACCUUUCGUUAUUAUUUUAGUGUCAGCCGAACAAAAGGAUCCAGAUAGUCUUUGUGCCUCGCAAGAAACAUGCGGAAAGUGUUUGCAAACGUCAAAGUGUGUUUGGUGUUCGACGAAUGCUUUCGGAAUGAACGGACAAAUCGUACGUUGCGUUACGAGAGAUAAAUUCCAAAGGGAAGGUAAUUUAUGGUGUAAAAGAUCCGACGUGAUCGAUAUUGCAAAUACGAUGACUAUUUUGGAGAAUCUUCCUUUGUCAUCUUCCAAAGGACAAAAUCCGAUUCAAUUGCAACCACAACGAAUAAAAUUACGUUUGAGAAGAGACGAGGAACAUCGGAUUAUUUUGAAGUAUAGCCAAGCGGAGGAUUAUCCCGUAGAUCUUUAUUAUCUUAUGGAUUUAUCUGCCACGAUGGAAAAGUACAAAGAAAAAUUAUCGGAAUUGGCAUUGAAAUUGGAGGAGGCUAUGAGAAAAUUAACGUCGAAUUUUCUUCUUGGUUUUGGAAGUUUCGUCGACAAAGUUGUCCUACCGAUGAGUAAUACUCAUCCGAAAUGGUUGGAAAAUCCUUGUUACACGGGAUCCAGGUCGUUGAAAUUCUGUGCACCUUCGUACGGAUUCAAACAUGAAUUGUCUCUUACGGACAAUGUAACACUUUUCAAGGUUAAAGUGAUGGAAUCACCGGUUUCCGCAAAUCUUGAUUUACCCGAGGGUAGUCUCGAUGCUUUGAUGCAGGCGAUAGUUUGCACCAAUGAAAUUGGAUGGCGUGAGAAGGCUCGACAUUUGCUCGUUCUUUCGACGGAUGCUAGUUACCACAUAGCCGGUGAUGGGAAAUUGGCUGGUAUAGUGGAACCGAACGAUUGUCAAUGUCAUUUGGACGAAGAAGGAUAUUAUACUCAUUCGCUUCUUCAAGAUUAUCCGUCCAUUGCUCAGAUCCAUAAAAAAUCUCGGGAACAUAAUGUGAAUAUUAUAUUUGCCUCGCCACGAAAGAAACACACUAGGGUUUAUAAGAUUUAUCAAAAUUUGAGCGAAAUCAUCAGUGGAUCGUCCAUCGAUACGAUGGAGGGUAAAGGUCAGAACAUCGUUGCCCUUAUCAGCAGACAAUACGAGCAAUUAGUGAGUUCCGUGUCGAUGAUGGAUAAUAAACCGAGCUUUAUCGACGUUAAAUAUUAUUCGCGAUGUUUGAAUGCAACCGAAAAAUUAAUGGAAUGGCACGAAUGCGGAGGAUUACGUGUGGGUAACGUCAUCGAAUUCGAGAUAGUUCUGAAGGCAUUCGAGUGCCCGACGAAUCUUGCUGAACGACAACAAAUAUUGCAAAUAAGACCACGGGGAAUAAAUGAGAGCUUGAUCGUCGAAAUAGAGAUUAUUUGUGAUUGUCCUUGCGAGAGGAAAGAAAACACUGAGUUGAAUUCAUCGGAAUGCAGAGAAAGAGGCACGUUGACUUGCGGUAUAUGUUCCUGCAAUGAAGGUUUUUACGGGAAACAAUGCGAAUGCGAGGGACAUGAGUUCGGUUUGGGUAGUCAGAACGUAACAGAAGAUUGCAAGGCAAGCAACACGAGCACUGAGAUUUGCAGCGGUCACGGAGCUUGCAAAUGUGGUGUAUGCAAUUGCGCGAAGCGCCAGAACCCGCAGGAAGUCUUUUAUGGGAAGUACUGCGAAUGCGAUAACUUCUCUUGCAAACGAAGCGGAGAAGAGGUCUGCGGCAAACACGGUAAGUGCGAAUGCGGUAGGUGCAAUUGCCGGCCAGGUUUUAGCGGCGAAACCUGUGAUUGCAAAGAGACCAACAGCACGUGUAUUCCGCCCUCGAGAGAGAACGCAGAGAAAAGCUUGACGAUUUGCAGUGGCCGUGGCGACUGCAUCUGUGGAAAAUGCCACUGUCACGAGAAGGAUAAGAUUCGAUAUUCUGGAAAUUUUUGCGAGGAGUGUCCGAAUUGUCCCGGUCAAAGAUGCGAGGAACUGAAAGAUUGCGUCGAAUGUAUGGCUUAUGGAACUGGUCCAUUGGCGAAAAAUGGAACUUGCGACUGCUCCUAUCAAAUCGAUAUUGUAGACGUUGUGAAAGAAGAUCCUGAAAACGAUUAUAAAUCGGAUGCUCAUUUUUGUCGUACCGAUGGUGACCAAGGUUGUUUCUUUGUUUUCAAAUACGAGUAUGUUGGUAAAGAUAAUACGAUUAAGAUCCUAGCGCAAAAGGAGAGAGAAUGUCCCGUACCAAUCGACGUUUUAGCCGUUUCACUGGGCGUCGUAUUAAGUACGAUAUUUCUAGGCUUAUUAAUUAUUUUACUAUGGAAGAUAUACACAAUGAUUCAUGAUAAAAGAGAAUUCGAAAAAUUUCAAAGAGAGUGUAUAUUGGCCAGAUGGGAUCGUGGUGACAAUCCUCUCUAUAAGCAGGCAACAUCAACUUUUAACAAUCCUACGUUCAGUGAAAAUAUGUAGGAUAAUAUCAUGAUACAAAUCGAUAUCUUUUAAGAACGAAUGACUAAUCUAGAGAAGAAGAAAAAACAAAAAGAAAAACAAAAACAAAAA